CAUGUCUUCCAUCAGAGGAGGAACGCUCGAAAAGCUCUCGCGAGUUUCAAUUGCACCCCUCGCUAGGAUGGACAGAAAAAACAGGUUGCUUACCUACGCUUAUGCUGCGUUCUUCGCUGUCUUUAUGUUCAUUUUUGUAGUGGUCAAGUUAGGACAUCAGUUGCUUCCAGCACCACCUGCCAUCCGACUCAAGUACAAAGAGGCUUCGCCAUACGACCCAAGAAAAGUGGCACUCCUUAUCGAAAAUCGACCGUCGCCGCAACUCAUUCCGCUGCUGCUGCACUUCACCGCAGUCAUUCCAGAUGAUUGGCGGGUCAGGUUCAUGGGCUCGGAUGAAUCAGUGGCUUCAGUCAACCGCUCCAUGGCCAUCAGAGACCAAGUGAACAUCGGANAAAUGGAUCUUACCUAUAUUCCCAGCAACAUGAGUGUUGCAGGAACAGAACAGAUCAGUAUGUUUCUGACGAACCUCUGGGUUUACGAAACUCUUCUGGCACCAGCAGAAUGGCUGCUUGUUUUCCAAACCGACAGCAUGCUCUGUGCAAACUCGGAACAAAGUCUGAAUGAUUGGCUCGACUACGACUAUGUCGGUGCCCCUUGGAGCUUGAAGGACAAGGGCGGUGGUAAUGGUGGGCUUUCCCUCCGCAAAGUCAGCAGUAUCAUCGAAGUCUUGAAGCACCAGGUACGCUUGCCCAAGAGUGAGCCGGAAGAUGUUUGGCUCAGCAGCCGUCUGAAUCACCGAGUGGGAGCUAAAGUUGCCAAUGGCACCACCGAAAACAAGUUCUCCGGUGAGAUGGUCUCUUCGUAUAGUCCUAUGGGGUAUCAUCUUGGAGGUUCUGGCAAAGUCUUGCACGGUGGCAGCUGGGGUACACCAGAGAAGAGAGACCGUAUCUAUCAGUGGUGUCCAGAAGUCAAGAUGAUCUUGAGCAUGGAUGGCAAACACUGGUUGCCUGGUGAUUGCAAAGGAAACUGGAAGAGAACGGAGGAAGAAGACUUUGAACUCAUCCCGUUC